GAAACGUUGAGAGAGAGAAGAGAGAGAGAGACACACACACACAAUUUUACAGUGCAGGAAACCGGUGAGCUUAGGGCGCUAUGGCAUCGAAGCUCUGCGACUCGUGCAAAUCGGCGACGGCGACUCUGUUCUGCCGAGCAGACUCCGCUUUCCUCUGCGUAAGCUGCGACACAAAGAUCCACGCGGCCAACAAGCUGGCUUCCCGCCACGCCCGGGUCUGGUUGUGCGAGGUGUGCGAGCAGGCUCCCGCCCACGUCACGUGCAAGGCCGACGACGCCACCCUCUGCGUCACGUGCGACCGAGAAAUCCACUCUGCUAACCCCCUCAGCCGCCGGCACGAGAGAGUCCCGGUCGCCCCGUUCUACGCCUCACUGAACUCGGACGACUCAACCGCCGUCAAAUCUGAUGCUGCCGUCAACUUCCUUGAUGACCGAUACUUGUCCGACGGAGAUGGAGACGGAGACGGAGAGACGACUGAGGUCAGCAGAGAGGAAGCCGAGGCUGCUUCGUGGCUGCUCCCAAAUCCUAAGGAUCUGAAUUCGGGGCAGUACGUGUUCUCUGACAUGGAUCCGUAUUUGGAUCUGGAUUACGGGGCAGUGGAUCCGAAAGCUCAAGCUCAGGAGGAGCAGAACAGUAGUGGUACUGACGGAGUGGUCCCUGUGCAAAGCAAGACCGUCCAGCCUCAAAGCUUUGAAAUGGAGUUGCCAGGAUCCAAGCCUUUCAUCUAUGGCUACCAUGGCCACUGUUUAAGCCAGAGUGUAUCAUCAUCCUCCUCUAUGGAUGUUAGCGUCGUGCCAGAUGGCAGCAUGCUGACGGAGAUGUCAGAUCCCUACCCCAAGUCGAUCGGCGAUCAGUUAUCGCAUCCGGCGGUUCAAAUUUCAUCGGCGGAUCGGGAAGCUAGGGUGUUGAGGUACAGAGAGAAGAGAAAGAACCGAAAGUUCGAGAAGACGAUUCGUUACGCAUCGCGAAAAGCUUAUGCGGAGACGAGACCACGAAUCAAAGGCAGGUUCGCUAAGCGCACAGAAGCGGAGAUCGGAGCCGAACGUCUCUGCCGCUACGGCGUCGUUCCCUCUUUUUAGGUUCAAUGUUUUAGCAGUAAAUUCUUGUGUUUUCGUUUCCUUAUUUCAAACUCUUGCUCCCGGGAUAACAGUUAUGUACAUAUGUUAUGAUGCAUGGAAUAUUGACGUCGAUUUUGUA